GGCAGGAUUAGUCCACCUUUUGCCGCCGCACGUCCACGGCGAGCAUUUAAUCUGUCUAUUUCUGUAGCGCAGUGCGUGUGUGCAUUAUUACGAAAAUAGCAUAUCUCGGCAGUGAAAGUGCAGCGGGUGUGCAUAAAUUAUAUACACGGAGCUUGUUUUUUCGAGAAGAAAAUCAAAUCAGCGCACUGCGGAUGUUUCCUUUCCAGCGCCUAGUGCAAUUCCGUACUUUUGUUUUGAUUGAAUAAGAUUGUGAAGCGAAGCGGAAGAGGAGCGGCAGGAAAAAUUAUUUUGCUCUUACUCUGCAAAUAAGAGCCACCAUGGAGGUGACCCCGGCAGAGUCGACGGUGGCCACCGUGUCGCGGCCGCCGCUCAACUCGCAAGUGUCCACCCUGUGGCAGCGCAAGCAGAACGCCGUGUGCGUCCGCAGGGCCUGCAAGAGGUACGGCACCAACAGCAACCCGCACGUCGUCCUCGAAAACCUCAACAUGACCGUGCCAAAGGGAUCAAUAUACGGAUUGCUCGGAGCGAGUGGUUGUGGCAAAACGACCCUGCUGACGUGCAUAAUCGGUCGUCGCCGUUUGAACACGGGCGAAAUUUGGGUCUUGGGAGGCAAACCUGGUCAGCCCGGCACCGGCGUCCCAGGUCCCCGCGUCGGCUACAUGCCUCAGGACAUCGCCCUCAACGGCGAGUUCUCCAUUAGCGAGACGUUGAUGUACUUCGGCUGGAUCUUCGGACUGGACACUGAGAAGAUCGAAGAACGGCUCACUUUCCUGCUCAAAUUCUUAGAACUGCCCUCCAAGAAUCGUCUGGUCAAGACCCUCAGUGGAGGCCAACAAAGAAGAGUUUCUUUGGCGGCCGCGCUGGUGCACGACCCUGAACUCCUUAUUCUCGACGAACCGACUGUUGGGGUGGAUCCAGUUUUGCGUCAAAACAUCUGGGAGCACCUAAUUGCCAUUACCAAGGAUGGAAACAAGACUGUGAUCAUCACAACUCAUUACAUUGAAGAAGCUCGUCAGGCACACGCUAUUGGUUUGAUGCGUGGUGGCCGAUUGCUGGCCGAGCAGUCGCCGGACAAUAUGCUGAUCAAUUUCGGCUGUGAUAGCCUGGAAGAAGUUUUCCUCAAGUUGAGCCGAGAGCAAACGAAGAACCAGCAAAAUUCCAUCGAGGCCGCCAGCUCGGCCCACUCAGUCCCAAUUGCUGGUGGUCCGAUGGAGGCGUCGGUCGAUCCAGUAGUCGAAAAUAAAGAAGUGUCCCCACAGGAGGAGGAAGACUUCACGUACAAACAAGAUGAGAGUCCCCAGUCCAGUUGGAAAAAGAAUUUGAAAUUGUCUUCGGCCAACAUCUUUAAAGCACUUCUGUGGAAAAAUUUCAUGUGGUUCUGGAGAAAUCCUGGAAUCAUCCUGUUUGUGGUCGGCCUGCCGAUUAUCCAAGUGGUCUUGUUCUGCACGGCCGUCGGCAGAGACCCGGCCGGUCUCACGCUGGCCGUCGUCAACCACGACCAGGCGAUGGGAAUGCCCUGCCCGAAGGACCUCAGCGGAUGCAACCUGACGCACAUGGCCUGUCGGUAUUUGGACCAUUUAGGAGAAUUUCCAGUUGUUCAAGAGUUGUUCCCAGACGUAGAAAGUGCUCAGGAGGCCGUGAGAAAAGGUCACGCGUGGGGUGCCCUUUACUUUACUGACAACUACACGGACGCCCUGGUUGCCAGGGCGGCCCUGUGGAAAGACGCCGACAACGAGACCCUGGACCAGAGCGAAAUGCGAGUUUGGCUCGAUUUAUCAAACAAACACAUCGGUUUGAUGCUUCAGCGAUAUCUUCACCAGUCGUACACGUCCUUCAUGAAGGACCUCUUGACCGCCUGCAAUGAAAACACCGAACUGGUCGAAGUCCCUGUCAAAUUUUUGAAGCCAAUUUAUGGACCGGCAGUUCCAAAUUUCACGGAUUUUGCUGCUCCAGGAGUUAUGCUCACCAUCAUUUUCUUCUUGGCCGUAGCCCUGAUGUCUGGGGCCAUGAUUAUUGAGCGGGUCGAGGGAUUAUUGGAGCGCAGCCUCGUGUGCGGAAUCACGCCGCUCGAGAUUUUGGCCUCUCACGUGGUGACCCAGUUCGUGGUGAUGACGGUCCAGUGCGGCCUGGUCAUUUUGUUCACGUUGACCAUUUUCAAAAUCACGUGCGAGGGACCCAUUUACCUGGUCGCCAUCAUGCUCCUCCUCCAGGGACUCUGCGGCAUGUGCUUCGGCAUGGUGAUUUCCUGCUUGUGUGAAAAUGAAAGAACGGCCACCUAUUUGGGCCUCGGAAGUUUCCUUCCUAUUGUGAUGCUCUGUGGAAUUAUCUGGCCGGUUGAGGGAAUGAAUUACUACCUGCGCACCAUGAGUUCCAUCUUGCCCCUGACCUACCCGACCGAAUCGAUGAGGAGCAUCUUGGCCAGAGGCUGGACCAUGGAGCAGCCCGUGGUUUACCAUGGCUUUAUCACCAUCCUCGUGUGGGUGCUCGUGUUUUCCUCGGCCAGCGUCAUCAUCCUCAAGUUCCGCAAAGGAUAGAAUUACGCUGAAUUUAUACACAAAGCAGUCUUUUGCAAAAGGGGAAAGUUCAGAAAGAAUUGUCUGCUGUAAAUAACUUUUGGAAACAAAAAUAAGCUCAACCGCGACGAUCCCCAGCAGCGAGUCAAAGUAAAAAUGGAUAUAUAUUUUAAUUUCAAAGCAGAUAAAUAAAUUUAGUGGAUUUUUUUACAGGGUUUUAUUGUAUAUAAAAGUAUUAUUUAACAAAAAUAGGGUAAUAUUAUGUGGCGUAUAAUUAUUCAAAUCCACCUCUACCAGUGCCUUAAAUUUGUAAUUUAAUAACUUAAAAAUUUUAUAUUAUAAUAAAUAAUUAAAAAAUAAAAUACACCUUAAG